AUGCUUGGUGCAGGUGUGCGGCUGCCAUUGAGGCUUCGCUCUGGUUAUUCUCUUGCACAUAUUUUACGCCGCCAGUCAUUAACGCCAUGGUCGGGGCAAGGUCUUGCCUCGCGGAGCUUCCAUCGCCCGGUUUGUCUCCGCGAUCAUCAUGCUCCGACUGAGCUUCCGAGCUUCCUGGAAGCAUACAAACAAGCCGUGGAAUUCCCUCCUGCUACCCAUGACUUCGAAACCUUCCUCGUACAGGCCGAGCCUAACAUGCAAGUCGUCCUGCACGGCUACCUGGGCCAGCGGGCCGAUCUGUCUAAGAAGCUGUCUUUCGUACGCCUGACAGAUCCGACUAUGAAACAUAGCCUGCAGGUGGUCGCCUUCGGCAAGAACGACGCCUCCGAGAAGCUCAAAUCUCUCAACCCACACAGUCCCGUCGCCGUACGCGGCACAGUUCAAAAGAAGAAGAGCAAGGCCUCCGAUGCCGGAGAAAAGCCUGCUGAAGAUACGUGGGAGCUUGCGCUGGAGGACGUACAUCCGUUGAAUGACUUCCCUAAGGAUAUAAUCAUGACACCGGAGACCGUGUUUGCACCAGAGCAUCGUUACCUCCAGCUCCGCUCGGAUGCAGAGCUACGAGAAGCUUUGCGAUUCCGGGCCGAGGUGCGCAAUGAAUGCAAGAAAGAACUGGAGCAUUGCCAGCCACCAUUUGUCGAGAUUGAGACCCCGCUCCUGUUCAAGUCUACACCGGAAGGCGCACGCGAGUUCCUGGUGCCAACACGCCGCGCAGGACUUGCAUAUGCCUUGCCUCAAAGCCCACAGCAGUAUAAACAAAUUCUGAUGGCCAGUGGUGUGCCCAGGUACUAUCAAUUUGCCCGUUGCUUCCGCGAUGAGGAUCUCCGGGCGGAUCGGCAGCCGGAGUUUACCCAGCUGGAUCUGGAGAUGUCCUUUGCAACUGGUGAAGAUGUGAUGCGUACUAUUGAGGGUGUUGUUCGACGGCUCUGGUCGACCUUGAUGAAGAAUCCGGCGCCUGAAGGCCCAUUCCGCAGAAUGUCAUACCAGGAGGUCAUGACCAAGUACGGUUCCGACAAGCCGGAUACUAGAUAUGGUCUGGAGCUUAUGCGUCUUGACCACUUGCUCCCCGUCGACCUGGUCAUGAAGAUUUCACCGCUACAAAAUCCAAUUGUUGAGGCUUUCAAGCUUGAAAGCCAGGACAACGACCCUGCCGAGACGCUCAAGUUCAUCUCGCAGUUCCUCGACUCUCCGGCGGGUGCUCCAUUCAACAAUAACCCCCAUGGUGGUCCGGGUGUCUUUGUUUACAAUGGUAAGCAGCCACUUUGCGGUCUCCAACCCUUCGGCUUCGAAGCCGCCGAGCAGAUCGAGGAACUUCUCGACCCAGAUCACGGCGACUUGAUCAUCAUCCAAGCCCGCCCCCGUGCCCCCUUCUCUGGCGGCUCAACACCAGUCGGUGACCUGCGCCGUUCCAUUCACGCUCAUGCAGUGUCAACGGGAUUCUCGCCCGCCCCUACAGGCUUCGACUUCAUGUGGGUCGUCGACUUCCCACUCUUCUCACCUUCUUCCGAUUCCGAACCAGGCCAAGGCGGCGCUGCCGGCUUCUCAUCCACACACCACCCUUUCACAGCUCCCAAGACUGCCGCAGACGUGGACUUGCUCCUCACAGAUCCCACGCAAGUCGUCGCCGACCACUACGACCUCGUCGUGAACGGCGUCGAGCUCGGCGGCGGUAGUCGGCGUAUUCAUGAUGCCGCCGUGCAGGAAUUUAUUCUCCGGGAUAUCCUCCAAAUGAAGCCCGAGCGUCUGGUUGACUUUGAGCACCUCCUUGAUGCUCUGCGCGCCGGCUGUCCGCCGCACGCUGGCUUGGCGCUGGGUUUCGAUCGCCUUGUCGCGGUAAUGCUGGGCAAGGAAUCCGUUCGCGAUGUUAUCGCUUUCCCAAAGACCGGGAAGGGUGGUGACGAUGCUAUGGUUCGUGCGCCGAGCCCUAUGACUGAGGAGGUGCUGCAGACAUAUCAUUUGCAGUUGCGAGAGUAG